AUGGUCAACGAAGCCCUUUCCCGCUUCUGCUCAGGCGCGCUCCACCACCCCUCGCCCAAGGCGUGCUGGAAAGAGGACGUCGAGGCAGUCAGAGACCUCUUGGCCAGGUACAUCCACGCCGACCCCUUGACCAUUGCCUUUGUGCGAGACACGACCGAAGGCCUUGGGAGCUUCAUCCGCGGGCUAGAGUUCACUCCGGGCGAUAACGUGGUCAUGCUCGACUGCGAGCACCCCAACCAGGCAUUCGCAUGGAUGGCGCUCCGGCCCUCUGGGCUAGGAGUCAGGCUCGUGCCUACGGACGCCGAGAAUCCCACAGCCGCAGACGCGCACACUUUCGCGCCGUACGUGGACGAGAGGACCAAGGCGAUCGGGCUGAGCUCCAUCAUGUUCCACAGCGGACAGUGGAACGACGUGGCGAGCGUGUGCGCGGCCUAUCGACCCCGAGGGAUUCAUGUUCUGGCGGAUCUCACGCAGCAGGUUGGCUUUGCGGAUGUCGAUGUCCGGGGAUUGGGCGUCUCGGCGGCGGCGUUUAGCCUGCACAAGGGGCUGAAUACCCCGACGGGUCUUGCUGCGCUGUACGUUGAUACGCAGUUCAUCACAGAGGUUGACCCGAUACCGCCGAUAGUUGGGUAUGGAGGCGUGAGCAGCAACGGCGACUCGGAAGAUUUCAUGGUUCCCCAGGGGCCUGUCCUCUUCCACCCCACGGCCCGGCGAUAUGAGCACGCCAACAUGAGCUUCGUGUCAGCAGUCGCAGCGCGGGCGUUUCUUCAGUUCUAUCUUGAAGUCAUGGGACCCAAAAACGUGGAGAACCAUCUAUACAGCCUUGGUGAUGCGCUACGUAGCGCGUGCGAGGGCCUGGGUGUUGGCGUGGUUGGGCCGAGCGAGAGGGAACGCCAUGCGCCGCAUCUGCAUGUUCUUCGACUACGCGAUCCUAGAUGGUUCGGGCAUUUGAAGGCCGCCGGGAUCGUUGCGACUCGGCUUCGCACGGGAAUCCGGGUGUCUUUCGGAUUCUAUAACAACCUGGAGGAUGUCGAGAGACUGAUGGAGGGGAUCAGGUCCGGGCUCGGAAGCGGCAUCCCGACGUGUUAG